AUGCCCGAGCUGCCGCCGUACGUGCCAGAAUUCGACCUCGCGUUCAUGUCUCAGAUGCUGGGCGGUGGAGCUGUCUGGUCGGAGCCAGAAGACCCAGCCACUGGCGAUGACGAGACGAUGAUGCAGGAGGCCGCCGUCGACAUUGCCCUCCAGCUUUUGACGGAUGACGGGGGGCUGCAAGCGCUGCUCGCAUCUGAUGAACCGAGCGCAGAGAGGCUCGCCGAGCUCCAUCGGACCAUCCAACUCCGGUCACCGAGUCUGAACGCGCUCAGCCUCAGGAGGUACCAAACCGCGCGAAUUCUGCACGCCUCGCUGCACCGCUGGCUUGACUGA